AAUUCCUGAUGUGACGUGAAACGUGCCGGCGUAUUCUGACAGUGGUUUUGUGUAUUUUCUUGUAUAUUUGCUCAGGUAUAAAUCAAACUGUCGUCAAAGGUAUCAACUUGCUGUGAGUAGCGGGCAUUGUGCGUAAGUACAUACAUCCAUAUUCAUAUUGCGGAAUAAGUAAGCUGCAUACAAUUGAACUGCAACUCGACGCCCCGUGCAGUGCCUCACAAACUGUUCAUAUUUGUUUACAUUUCACACAGCUGAUUUUACAAGAGCGGUCAGUUAUUUACCAAUAGGUGCAUUCAUAUCAAGACAUAAAAUAAAACAGCUGCAAUUCUGCAAAUCUUUAUAAAUAUGACUUUUGUCGACACGGUGCGAGAAUUUCAUGCUUUGGGCUGUGAUGAUGACAUAAAGUGUGCUCUGGGCGUUCGAGUAUUUUUGGACUUGGAAUGCGAUAAACGUGUUACAAAAUUGUCGAAAUGUUACGAUUCGGAAUUGAAUUUGGUAUAUUUACAAGGCGAACGUGAUAAUGCAGUUGUCACUUUUGUGCCUGUUUUGUCCAGUCAACCAUUAAAUUUCGUUGACCUAGAAAGUAUUCAAAAGAAAUUAAUUGGAACGGAUAGUAAAAGCGCUGCGAUUACUAUAGCUAUUUGCGACACUUCAACGAAUGUUCUUUACUACGAAGUAACGCCAGGCGUGGUCGACAAAAAAUUAUGAUUAGCUAAAAGUACGCAAAGUCAAAUGUGUUACUGAUUUGAACAGUAAGUAAAUAUUAUUUAUAU